GAAAUGAGGACAUCUUGCAUUUUUAAAAACUUUUUCAAGGCAUGUAAUUUAGAUUACACAUGUGGCAACCGCUAAAUGUCAAUGAGCACAUGCACUGCUGAUGAUAGAUCAGUGCUUUACCAGAACAAGACACGUGACCAGAACAGGAAGUCACCAACACGGCAGCAGGCUGAAAACAUUGAAAGGCGGUAAAGAUUUCCGCAGCCCGCGCAUGCGCCGAAGCUGGCCCUCUUGAGGCGCGGCUACCUGAAUCCCAAAACAACCCCCAUAGGCCUUACUCCUGUCACCUGAUUUAUGCGCGAGGCACGUGACUACACAGCGAGCUGUGACGAAUUCUAGAGAUCAUUCUCUUUCAGAAAAUGGACACUCGGUUCACGAGAGGAAAGUCAAACAUCCUGGAACGGCCUCUAACCCGUCCCAAGACUGAAGUCAGUGUGAGUGCCUUUGCACUGCUCUUCUCUGAGAUGGUGCAGUAUUGCCAGAGCCGCGUGUACUCUGUGUCCGAGCUCCAGCAACGCUUGGCAGACCUGGGUCAGAGCGUUGGCGCCAGUAUGCUGGACGUACUGGUGCUGAGGGAGAAGAAUGGGAAGAGGGAGACCAAGGUGCUUAACAUACUGCUCUUCGUCAAGGUGUCAGUAUGGAAAGCCAUGUUCGGUAAGGAGGCAGACAAGCUGGAGCAGGCCAACGAUGACGACAAGACCUACUACAUCAUAGAGAAGGAGCCACUGAUCAACGCUUACAUCUCUGUGCCCAAGGAGAACAGCACACUAAACUGUGCUGCAUUCACCGCUGGCAUCGUAGAGGCCAUUCUCACACACAGUGGCUUCCCUGCCAAGGUCACAGCCCACUGGCACAAGGGCACCACGCUCAUGAUCAAGUUUGAUGAAGCUGUGAUAGCCAGAGACAAGGCCCUGGAUGGCAGAUAGAUGAGAGAGUGUUGGUGUACACAUGCUAGAAUAAGAGAAUGAUGAAGUUGAUCAUCAUUCUCACUAGGUCUCAAUAUGCUCUGCUGUGUGAACGAGCCAGUAAUGUGAGAUAUGGACUGAGUGGGUGAGUGGUCUGUCUGUUGACAAGUCUGCAUAGGAGUAGUUGAGUUGAAAAUAUACAGUAUAUUGAGAAGUGAAACAGGAUGUCUAUAUCACCACAUGAGAGAGUAAAUAUGAAUGAAUGAUUAGAAUGUUAAUCCCAAUUCUGAGCUAUUAUAUUUAUUUUGGUCCAAGGAGAGUUCAUAUGAGACAACAUUUAUAAAGGUCAAUGUUUCUUGUGAAUCUCCUCAGUCAGUCAACCCUUAUCUAAUGACUUUGACAUUCUCACUGACAGUGUAUCUUAAACCAUCUCUUAUGACUGCAUAGGACAUCAUCUCUUGUUUUUGAUAUCUCAAGACAUUUCUGAAUCACACAAAGGACCAACACAUUGAAAAUAUGGACUGCAGUAUAUUACACCAAUAUGUGCAAUGGUUUACCCUCCAACUGAGUUCAACGUGGUGAAAUUAAAGACUGUCAUUAUGUUCCCUAAACAAAUUACAUUUUAAGCUAUUAUUCAAAAUGUGAAAGUUAUCAGUGGUCCUUUCCACAGAACAUUAUGUUGGCAAAAAUAUAAUGACUCAGGGGUUUGUAGGUGUAGUUUUAUUUUACACCUUUAUUUGUUUAUAGCUAGACUUGUUUGAAAUACGUUUACCGUUUAUCACCGUGUGUAAGCAUUUGAGCAAUUAACUGAUAUUAAAAGACUUGCUGAGUAAUUCUAAAGA